AUCAAACCAUGUAGACUACUAGUGAUAACGGUCAGGUUAACCUUCUCAUGAUACUAAAAUAAUAAAUCAAAUCAUCUGCAACUGCAACGAGUUACAAAAGUAGUUGCCUAUUAUUGCGAUGAUACCGGUGACAUGUAUUAUUAUUAUUUUUGACAAGUAACAAGUAGACAAGCUAUGAGGCUGCAUCCUCUGACGUUCCGCAUAGUAGCUGCCUGUGGGUAUAACGGUAGAAGUUCCAUGCAUGGGAAUAUAUUAUGUGUCCUUAUCUUAAAAGGUGGAAUUACUUGUUUUAAGUGUCAAAUGUUAUAAUAGAAGAAGAACACCUCAACAUGUCAAAGAGAUGUGAAUUUAGCUGGACGGUAAUAGUUUUGACAUGUCAACACAAAGACAGCGUCUAUGCUUUUCAAAGAGAGCUAGAGUUGAGACAGCAGCGUGGAUGUAUUCCAAAACGGACAUUGUUGCUCACUGUGUCAGACCCUCUGCAGCGCCUGGGUAGUGGAGGGGCUACAUUCAAUGCACUACUGGUGGCUGCUGAACAUCUAAGCGCCAGAGCAGGAUACACUGUUGUUACUGCAGACGUACUUGAUGAUGCUCACAUUCUCAUCCUGCACACGGGGCGGGACUUUCCCUUCGAUAGCUGUGGAAGAGCAUUAUGUUGGAUGCCUAUCGAAAAGACAUCUCAGAUUGUACAAGGUCCUAUCUGCUGUUUGGAUAUGUUGCUGGACACUCUCUCCAACCAGGUAUGUCCUGGUUCUCCUGCGGGUGUUUGGGUUUGCAGCACAGAUAUGAUCCUGACCAUUCCUACUGCCCAUGUGAUGACAUGGGAUGAUUUUACCGGUGUUAGAGUGUUAGCGCUUCCUGGAGAUGUUUCUUAUGCCUCCAACCAUGGAGUCUACCUUGCUGAUGAACAGGGUCGAGUGUGUGAUAUCAUCUACAGAGGAACAAAAGACAGAAUUCACCAAGCCACCCAACCCGAUGGAAAGGUGCCUCUGGUUUCGGGGCCAAUUUUCUUCAGCAAGGAUGUGUCCGAGCGACUGUUGCAGACUUACGUGACCCCUCCCCUGGACGGGUGCACCUACAUGGGCAUGGAUUCUGGUGCUCCACCCCUUCAGAUCUCACUCUUCUUGGAUGUGUUGAUGUGUCUGUGCUCAAACCUGACAGAGUCAGACUUUAUAAAUGGAGAAAGGCUUGGCUGCAGUUCCCCCCUGGGGCCACAGGGGGCAGCGGUGACAAGCGCAAGAGCUGUACUGUGGAAGAUACUGAGGGGAAUCCCUCUUACAAUGGUUUAUGUUCCAGGAGGUUGCUAUGACUACCUGACCAUGUCAGGACGAGCGCAUAUAGAUCGCCUGACAAAGGCGGGGACAGUGAGAGACACCCUUUCACACAUAGAGAAUGGCCAGUGUGUGAGUCAGGGCGGCAGGGUGAUCAACUGUGUACUAGAGGGGGAUGUCAGUUUAGCAUCCAGGGCAGUGAUCCAGCACUGUCACCUACAGGGCCCAAUUGAAGUCCAAUCUGGAUGUUUACUAUCAGGCCUCAAGGUGACUUCAUCGCAAGCCCGUCAUCUCGUCCUAAACAGUGACAUCAUCAUUCAGGGACACCACAUAAAGCUGGGAGAGUUAAAGCUCACUGUUUACACUGUGCUUGGGGCUCAAGAUGACCUGGAGUUAUCCUCUGAGGACAGCACGGCCUCUUUCCUCAACCAACAGUGGAGCCACUUCUUCCAUCGCACUGGGAUACAACCGGAGGAGCUAUGGAUGUCCGGUGACCAUCGCUCCCUGCUGGAAGCUCGUCUGUUCCCAGUCUUCCAACCCAAAGGGGGCGCUGUGGACCUGGAGGGGGGUGCCUGCUGGCUGCUGGGUGGCCUGGGGUCACUAGAGCAAUGGAGGACAGCGUGGAAGCUGUCUCUCAAGGAGGUGCUGUCCCUGACCGACCAGGAAGCAGAGCUAGGCUGGAGGGAGCAGUUGUUUUUUCUGGCGGGCAGGAGGAGGGUGACUGACAUGCUGAAGGGCCGUAGCGACUGCAGUCUGCUGCCUAGCUUCAGGGCUAUGGUGCUGGGAGGCCAACAGGGGGAGCUGCUGAGCACACUUGAUGCCAUUGCAGCGAGCAGUACAGGGAACUUGGGAGUGGCUUCCAGGUGCCUGGCCAAUAUAGCGGAUGUGCUAGGCUGUCUGGCCGGGGAGGGCAGGGGGGGUCUGAGGAGUGGGCCAGCUGCUAACCCUGCCUGGGGUUCUGCCUUCUCCCUCCUGGAACAAGGAGAUUUGACAGCUGGUGUCCGGGCCCUGGCCACCGAGAGAUGUAACUGGCUGAGCAGGCCUGACCUGCUGGUACGAGCUGCACGCCACUAUGAGGGAGCAGGACAGAUACUUUUAAGGCAAGCUGUGAAGUCAGCCCAGAAAUUUGUAUCCAUUGGUCAUGGAGAGGCGCCACCCAUUGGGGAGUGGCUGGAAGUGGAGUGUCCUGCCAGAUUGGACCUUGCGGGUGGAUGGAGCGAUACUCCACCCAUAGCCUUCGAGCAUGGCGGUUCUGUGGUGAACGUGGCUGUGAAGGUUGAUGGGAAACGUCCCAUUGGUGCCAGGGCCCGUCGCAUCAAAGAGCCCCGCUUGGUACUGGUCAGCUCCAGCGGAGGGCAGGACUGUGGGGUUGCAAGGGAGAUUGUUUGCGAGAAUCUGGAGGAUUUAAAGGACCACUGCCAACCUAAUGCGCCUGGUGCCCUGCUAAAGUCAGUGUGUGUGUGCAGUGGCCUGGUCACCUUCCCAUCCCCCCAGUCCUUGCAAGAGCAGCUACUACAGCGCUGGGGUGGGGGGGUGGAGGUCCACAGCUGGUCCCUGCUGCCUCACGGAUCAGGUCUAGGUACCAGUAGUAUCCUGGCGGGGGCGGUGUUUGCAGCAGUGUAUAGAUGCACUGCUCGCACAUACGACACAGACUCCCUCAUUCACGCUGUGCUGCACCUGGAGCAGAUGCUAACCACAGGUGGUGGCUGGCAAGACCAAGUUGGAGGUUUAGUAGGAGGAGUUAAGUUGGCGCGCUCCAAAGCAUGCCUGCCACUCCGUGUGGAAGUAGAGCGUCUUCCUGUCUCCCAGGACUUCCUGGUUUUGCUAAACCAACAUCUCCUAUUGGUUUACACAGGCAAAACACGGUUAGCAAGAAACCUGCUGCAGGACGUGGUGCGGAGCUGGUACAGUCGCCUGCCCAUGAUAGUGAAGAAUGCUGAGCAGUUGGUGGACAAUGCUGAAGAGUGUGCUUGUGCAUGUACAGCUGGCUCUCUAGACAGACUGGGGCUGUGCCUGGAUCGCUCGUGGCAGCAGAAGAAGGUGAUGGCACCUGGAUGUGAGCCUGUUGCUGUUCGUACCAUGAUGGAUGCCUUACGCCCCUUGGUGUUGGGGCAGAGCCUAGCAGGGGCGGGCGGAGGGGGCUUCCUCUAUCUCCUCACCCGCCAGCCUCUGCAAGGCGAGAGAGUGAGACAGGUCCUCAACAAUACCCCAGGUCUUGGAGACUUUAGUGUCCACUCAGUAGAGCUGGACAUGGAUGGGAUAUCACUGCUGAAGCCGUGCUGAAACCAAGACACCAACUUACUAUCUCACUGAAGGAGGAAUUCUAAUAGGUACCCCACAAGGGACUACUUUUACAGCCAAUUGUAACCAAGUACUGGUUUUCUAUGGGAUACAAGUCUAAUUUGAAAGCACUAAAAAACAUAACUCUUGUACUUCAUUUUUUUUUUGUAAUUUAACAGAGGCAUCAUUUUAGGAGGAAUAAUUGCUCCCAGUG